CUUGGAAACUGAUUUGUUGAUGGAGUACUGUCAGCACAGUAACUCAGGGACAAGUGCACCAGAGAUAUGAAGAGUGCUGGCAAAAAAGUAAAAGUGCAAAAGACCAUAAAAAAAGACCUUAAGAACACUGAGGACACUGAGAGCCAAACAGAGCAAACAGAACUAGCGAGUCCUGCGGAAGCAGUAAAUGAAGACCCAGCAGUGUUUGAGGGUCUCUGUGAACGAAUGCUGUCGGCUCUAUGUCUUCUGCAGACCAGCGUAUCUGAGGUUCUGGAUGUGAAGGAUGAGAUGAUACUGCAGAAUGUGCCAAGCUCCGUGCAGGCUCAGCUCUCUCUCUCCACGUCAAGGCUUUUUAGAAGCUUGACAGAUCUGUACGUCCCCAGCACUGAACUUGUACGCAUGGUCCGAGUGUUUGGACCUCAGUGGGAACAGAAACGUCUAAUCCUGGAACAGCUUCAAGGAGAACAUGAAAGACUCCAACGGCUCCUGUCUUUGUCUCUCCGACGGGUGCAACAUUUGGAGGCUCAGGUACAGCGGGAUGCUCAGUCCCAACAAUACAGGAACUGGGAGAAGCUCUUUGUUAGGCUAAUGCGGGUAAAUCCAAAUGAACCAUCUCAUGAAACUCAUAAAGACUGGGACACUACAAGUUCAUUCGGUUUUGCAGACACAUAAAAUGUGACGUGGAUAAAACUGGAAUGAGCCACUGAAAGUGAUAAACUCCAGAACAACUCAGGAAGCCGCCAUUCACCUGUGAACAUUAAGACAACUUAAAGAAUCUCUGCCUUUGCAACGCAGCAAGUACAUGAAGCUGGAAUUUAAACUGUUAAAUCCUUAACCAAGAUUUGUCUUGUUAUUGGCUGAGUGUACAGAAACCAGUGACGUGUCCAAUAUAAUGAAUAAUGACACUCACAAAAUAAAAUGAAAAAAUUAUUUUUAUUUCUGCUAA